CUAGUGAUAAAUUCUCUGCGAGAUGCAACAUCUGAUGUUGUUACACAACCGAACAGCCCAUCAUCAUCUUCUCUACCCGACUGCAUCACCUUCCUUCCAUCACCAUUGUGUGGGAUCUGGAUAAACUCACCGCGUUGCAUGUACCAGAGCCUCCUCCAUGGAUCGGCUGCUAAAAGUUGCAAAAGCUUCUGGUUCCCUCAACCUCUCAAAUCGCUCGCUCAGGGAAGUUCCGAAUGAGGUGUACCGGAAUCUGGAGGGGGGUGGGCAGGAUGAUAAGUGGUGGGAGGCCGUGGAUCUCCAAAAACUCAUCUUGGCUCAUAAUGAUAUUGAAUCAUUAAAGGAAGAUCUUAGAAACUUAAUCUCACUAACUGUGUUGAACAUUACCCACAACAGACUCUCUGAGCUUCCGGCUGCAAUAGGAGAGCUACCUCAGCUGAAGUUGUUAGAUGUUUCGUUCAAUAUGAUUAAUAAAAUACCUGAGGAAAUUGGAUCGGCAGCAUCACUUGUUAAGCUUGAUAUCUCUAACAAUCAACUGAAGGAGCUUCCCAGCUCGCUUGGCCAAUGUAUAGAAUUGUCAGAGUUGAAGGGGUCAAACAACCUCAUUGCCAGCUUACCAGAUGAUUUAUCAAAUUGUUCAAAAUUGACAAAGCUUGACAUGGAGGGAAACAAACUAACAGUGAUACCUGAAAACCUCAUUUCUUCAUGGACCAUGCUUACUGAAUUGAAUGCAUCAAAAAAUUUGCUCAAUGGCAUACCAGUCAGCAUUGGAGGUCUUUCUCGUCUAAUUCGCCUUGACCUCCAUCAGAACAGAAUCUCAUCGAUCCCUUCAUCAAUCAUGGGUUGCCAUUCACUUGCAGAGUUUUAUUUGGGGAAUAACAACCUUUCUGCUGUACCAGCAGAGAUAGGGACACUCAAACGGCUGGGGACUUUAGAUCUUCACUCUAACCAGUUGAAGGAGUAUCCAGUAGAGGCCUGCAAGUUGGGUCUUUUAGUCUUAGAUCUUUCGAACAAUUCAUUGAGUGGCUUACCUGCCGAAUUGGGCAAGAUGACUACCUUGAGGAAACUUUUGCUUAUGGGCAAUCCUUUGCGGACUCUUCGAAGCUCAUUAGUCUCUGGACCUACGCCAGCACUACUGAGGUUUCUUCGGAGUAGACUUUCGGAGGGUGAAGAGUCUGAAUCUCCAAUCAGGACAAAAGAGGAUAUGAUUGCAAAUGCUAGCAGAUUGUCUAUCACUUCAAGGGAGCUUUCUUUGGAAGGGCUGGGGCUGAGUGCCGUUCCACUAGAAAUAUGGGAAUCAGGGGAAAUAAUAAAAGUUAAUCUUUCAAGAAAUUCCAUUGAGGAGUUGCCAUCGGAGCUCUCCUCUUGUGUAUCCCUCCAGACACUGAUUUUAUCUCAGAAUAAAAUUAAAGAUUGGCCCGGUCCAAUUCUUAAGUCACUUUCAAGCCUGUCUUGUUUGAAGCUGGACAACAAUCCCCUCAGACAGAUUCCUUCAGAUGGUUUCAAAACUGUGCCUGUGCUUCAGAUUCUUGAUCUAAGUGGUAAUGCAGCUUCACUGCCAAAUGGUCCUGCAUUCUCUAGUAUGCCACAUCUGCAAGAGCUUUACCUCAGAAGAAUGCAACUAAGUGAAGUUCCCUCAGAUUUAUUGGCGCUAUCUCAACUCCGAAUCCUUGACUUGAGUCAAAACUCCCUUCAAUCAAUCCCAUCGGGGUUCAAAAAUCUCACUUCUCUGAUGGAGCUUGAUCUAUCUAAUAAUAAUAUCUCCGUCGUUCCCCCUGAACUGGGUUUGCUGGAAUCAAGCCUUCAGGCAUUGAGACUCGAUGGAAAUCCUCUCAGAAGCAUUCGGAGGACUAUCUUGGAUAAAGGAACGAAAGGUGUUCUGAAAUAUUUGAAGGACAAAUUGCCAGAGCAAUAGUUCUUUUUCAUUUGACGAUCAUGCUGGUGUGCUUGUGAUUAUGUGGGAACAUUUGAACGUAGUUUGUUGAACAACACUCCCAUUUGUGUGUCCCACGGCCUCAUAGUCUGUGUUUUUCCCUACUUGUUUGCUGUAUGAAGGGUUGUAAACCAUAAAAUUUUAUUUAUGGUUACCGAAAGCAUAUUGCUUUGGUUACUAUCCCA